ACUCCACAACACAGAGCAGAGACAUGGCGGAGAGCAAAUUUCAGCUGGACUUUGAUGCAUUUUCGUGCCCCAUCUGCUUGGAUCUACUAAAGAACCCGGUAACCAUUCCUUGUGGACACAGCUACUGCAUGAGGUGUAUUGAAAAUCACUGGAAGAGAGAGGAAAAGUAUGAACUCUACAGUUGCCCGCAGUGUAGGCAGAGCUUUGUGCCUAGGCCUACCCUGGUUAAAAAUACUAUGUUGGCUGUUUUGGUGGAGCAGCUACAGAAGAGUGGAUGCCAGUCUGCUCCUACUGGCCAAUGCACUGCUGAGAAAACAGAUAUCGUUUGUGAUAUUUGCAUUGGUAAGAAACUAAAAGCUAUCCAGUCGUGCCUGCAAUGUGUAGCCUCCUAUUGCGAGGUUCACUUACAACCUCACUACCAAUCGGACGCAUUGAGGAAACACCAGCUGAUGAUGCCAUCUGGAAAUAUCCAAGACAAUAUUUGUACCAAACAUAGUCAAGUGAAGAAGAUGUAUUGCCGUACCGAUAGAGAGCUCAUUUGUGGAGUCUGUUGUGUGGACCCACAACAUACUGGCCAUUGUAUAGUGAUGGCUGCAGAGGAAAGGGCUGAGAAGCAGGUAGAAGUGGAAGCAAAACAUCUCCAAGUUGUGCACAAUAUUCAAAAUAAAGAAACACAUUUGGAGAGCAUCAGAAAAGAGCAGCUUGAUCUAAAAUGUAAUGCAGAGGAAGCAGUUGAGAUUACAACAGAGAGCUUUACUGGGUUAAUUCAUGUCAUUCAGAAAACCAUGUACGACGUGGAACAACAAAUAUGGAAACGGCAAAAAGCAGAAGAGGACAAAGUUCAACAGCUUUUGGAAAAACUGGAAUUUGAACUUAAAGAACUGAGGAUAACCCAAGCUGAACUCAACUCAUUAGUGCAAACACCGGACCAUAACUUCUUCCUACACAAAUGUGCAGUUUUAUGCAAUGAAAUUCAAACCAUGGACUACAUGCAGGUGCCAAUAAUUGCACUUGAAAAACCUAUACAAUUUUUUGAUCGAGUGGCUAUAGCUGUGGCAGAACUAACCGAUAAUGUAAAGCUUUCUCUAACUGAAGAACUAGCCAAAAUAUCGCCAGAAAUUCACAAGGUGCUAAGUCAACCAGAUCCGAAAACGAGAGAGGACUUUUUGAAAUAUUCAUGCCAAAUUACAAUGGACUCCUACACUGCGCAUUCACAAAUCAUGCUUUCUGAUGGGGACAGAAGAGCUACACUUAUGGAGAAAGAUCAAAAAUAUCCAAAACAUCCAGGCAGAUUUAACUACUACUGGCAGGCUUUGAGCAGAGAGGAUCUGAUUGGUCGACACUAUUGGGAGUUAGAGUGGAGCGGUUCAAUGGUGGAUAUAGCGAUCGCAUAUAAGAGUUUAAAGAGAAAAGGAAACAGCAAUGAAUGCGUCUUUGGACUUAAUGAUAAAUCUUGGGCUUUAUGUAUUGAGAAAACUGGUUAUGUGUUUAAGUUUAACAAAGUCCAAUCGCCGGUCUCAGGUCCGGUUUCGUCUAAAAUAGGGGUCUAUCUGGAUCAUAGUGCAGGGGUGGUGUGUUUUUACAGUAUUUCGGAUACAAUGGCCCUCCUACACAGAGUCCAGACCAGGUUUACACAGCCGCUGCACGUGGGACUGAAGUUUCACUGGGGACUGUAUUUUACCCAAGAUACUGUACGAUUUCUCACUCUUGAGCAAGACCAUUAACCAAGAUUAAUGAUGCAGCUUUUCUAUUGUUGUCACGAAUGUUCCACAGUGUGACAUUAAACUUAUUCCUCUCCAUGGAGACGAGCAGGGGAUGUCAUCAGGCCAAAGUCAA